UCUCCCCAGACAGAUAAGGAGCCCUCAGAGUCAAGCAAGGACGGAAUGACGCUCACUGGUUCCAACGCAUCUUUGAGCUGCCAGGCAGAGGGGCCUUUGCCGCUGGUCUUUCUUGGACCGAUCCAGAGAGGACAGCUGGCGUCCGAGAAGUGAGGAACAGGAUGCCCCCGGGGGUGGACUGCCCCAUGGAAUUCUGGGCCAACGAGGAGAACCAGAGCGUGGCGGUGGACUUCCUGCUGCCCACGGGGGUCUAUCUGAACUUCCCCGUGUCCCGCAAUGCCAACCUCAGCACCAUCAAGAAGGCGCUGUGGCACCGAGCCCAGUAUGAGCCGCUCUUCCACAUGCUCAGCGACCCCGAGGCCUACGUGUUCACCUGCGUCAACCAGACGGCGGAGCAGCAGGAGCUGGAGGACGAGCAGCGGAAGGUGUGCGACAUCCAGCCCUUCCUGCCCGUCCUGCCCCUAGUGGCCCGCGAGGGCGACCGGGUCAAGAAGCUCAUCAACUCGCAGAUCAGCCUCCUCAUUGGCAAAGGCCUGCACGAGUUUGAUUCUUUGCGGGACCCGGAGGAGAAUGACUUUCGAGUCAAGAUGCGCCAGUUCUGUGAGGAGGCGGCCGCCCGGCGGCAGCAGCUGGGCUGGGAGGCCUGGCUGCAGUACAGCUUCCCCCUGCAGCUGGAACCCUCGGCGCGGACCUGGGGCGCCGGCACCCUGCGGGUCCCCAACCGGGCCCUCCUGGUCAACGUCAAGUUCGAGGGCAGUGAGGAGAGCUUCACCUUCCAGGUGUCCACCAAGGACGUGCCCCUGGCGCUGAUGGCCUGCGCCCUGCGGAAGAAGGCCACGGUGUUCCGGCAGCCCCUGGUGGAGCAGCCCGAGGACUACACGCUGCAGGUGAACGGGAAGCAGGAGUACCUGUACGGCAGCUACCCGCUCUGCCAGUUCCAGUACAUCUGCAGCUGCCUGCACAGCGGGCUGACCCCCCACCUGACCAUGGUCCACUCCUCCUCCAUCCUCGCCAUGCGGGACGAGCAGAGCAACCCGGCCCCCCAGGUCCAAAAAUCGCGCACCAAGCCGCCCCCCAUUCCCAUGAAGAAGGUGAGCUCUCUGAGCUUGGGCAGCCAACAAGACCCUGUGCCGGCUGUCUUGACUCAGGGCAUUAAAAUGAUUGCGGUCGGGCGUAUAAAGCUGGUGGUGCAGGCCGGGCUCUUCCACGGCAACGAGACGCUGUGCAAGACGGUGUCCAGCUCGGAGGUGAGCGUGUGCUCGGAGCCCGUGUGGAAGCAGCGCCUGGAGUUCGACAUCAACGUGUGCGACCUGCCCCGCAUGGCCCGGCUCUGCUUCGCGCUGUACGCCGUCAUCGAGAAGGCCAAGAAGGCUCGCUCCACCAAGAAGAAGUCCAAGAAGGCGGACUGCCCCAUCGCCUGGGCUAACCUCACCCUGUUCGACUACAAGGACCAGCUCAAGACCGGCGAGCGCUGCCUCUACAUGUGGCCCUCGGUCCCAGACGAGAAAGGGGAGCUGCUGAACCCCACAGGAACCGUGUGCAGCAACCCCAACACCGAGAGUGCUGCCGCCCUGGUCAUCUGUCUCCCCGAGGUGGCGCCCCACCCCGUGUACUACCCCGCCCUGGACAAGAUCCUGGAGCUGGGGCGGCACGGGGAGCACGGGCGCGCCACGGAGGAGGAGCAGCUGCAGCUCCGGGAAAUCCUGGAGCGGCGCGGGUCCGGGUCCGGGUCCGGGGAGCUGUACGAGCACGAGAAGGACUUGGUGUGGAAGAUGCGCCACGAGGUGCAGGAGCGCUUCCCCGAGGCGCUGGCCCGGCUGCUGCUGGUCACCAAGUGGAACAGGCACGAGGACGUGGCCCAGAUGCUCUACCUGCUCUGCUCCUGGCCGGAGCUGCCCGUCCUGAGCGCCCUGGAGCUGCUGGACUCCAGCUUCCCCGACCGCCACGUGGGCUCCUUCGCCAUCAAGUCCCUGCGAAAGCUGACGGACGACGAGCUGUUCCAGUACCUGCUGCAGCUGGUGCAGGUGCUCAAGUACGAGUCCUACCUGGACUGCGAGCUGACGAAAUUCCUGCUGGACCGGGCGCUGGCCAACCGCAAGAUCGGCCACUUCCUCUUCUGGCACCUCCGCUCCGAGAUGCACGUGCCCUCGGUGGCCCUACGCUUCGGCCUCAUCAUGGAGGCCUACUGCAGGGGCAGCACCCACCACAUGAAGGUGCUGAUGAAGCAGGGGGAGGCGCUGAGCAAGCUGAAGGCCCUGAACGACUUCGUCAAAGUGAGCUCCCAGAAGAGCCCCAAGCCGCAGACCAAGGAGCUGAUGCACCUGUGCAUGCGCCAGGAGACCUACCUGGAGGCCCUGUCCCACCUGCAGUCCCCGCUGGACCCCAGGAUCCUGCUGGCGGAAGUCUGUGUGGAGCAGUGCACCUUCAUGGACUCCAAGAUGAAGCCGCUGUGGGUCAUGUACAGCAACGAGGAGGCGGGCGGCGACGGCAGCGUGGGCAUCAUCUUUAAGAACGGGGACGACCUCCGCCAGGACAUGCUGACGCUGCAGAUGAUCCAGCUCAUGGACAUCCUGUGGAAGCAGGAGGGGCUGGACCUGAGGAUGACCCCCUACGGCUGCCUCUCCACCGGGGACCGCACGGGCCUCAUCGAGGUGGUGCUUCGCUCAGACACCAUCGCCAACAUCCAGCUCAACAAGAGCAACAUGGCAGCCACGGCCGCUUUCAACAAGGACGCCCUACUCAACUGGCUCAAGUCCAAGAACCCUGGGGAGGCCCUGGACAGGGCCAUCGAGGAGUUCACCCUCUCCUGCGCUGGCUACUGUGUGGCCACGUACGUGCUGGGCAUCGGCGACCGGCACAGCGACAACAUCAUGAUCCGCGAGAACGGGCAGCUGUUCCACAUUGAUUUUGGCCACUUUCUGGGGAAUUUCAAGACCAAGUUUGGAAUCAACCGUGAGCGAGUCCCAUUCAUCCUCACCUAUGACUUUGUCCAUGUGAUUCAGCAGGGGAAGACUAACAACAGUGAGAAGUUUGAAAGGUUCCGUGGCUACUGCGAGAGAGCCUACACCAUCCUGAGGCGCCAUGGGCUGCUCUUCCUCCACCUCUUCGCCCUGAUGCGGGCGGCAGGCCUGCCAGAGCUCAGCUGCUCCAAAGACAUCCAGUAUCUCAAGGACUCGCUGGCGCUGGGGAAAACGGAGGAGGAGGCGCUGAAGCACUUCCGCGUGAAGUUCAACGAGGCGCUGCGGGAGAGCUGGAAGACCAAAGUGAACUGGCUGGCCCACAACGUGUCCAAAGACAACCGGCAAUAGCAGCCCGUCCGCUUGCUGACCCCGCCGGCCCCCGGCCUGGGCAGGAGCGAACCAUGCGUCCUGGGAGCCGGCACCGUUGGCCAUCUGGGCCUGGGAGCCUGAACUGCCUGGUGGGAACGAACUCACUGCCUUUGUUUACACUGGUUAUUUAUUAAUGACUUGAAAUGUUUCAGGAACUAAACAGCCAUAGCGGACGUGCACCCUUGUGCAGGGGAGGGUGCCGUCCUGCGGCCGGCCGGAGCCCUGGGCUCUGAUGAGAAGACACUGUGAGGCAGCACCUGGAGGUGGCACCUUGUGGGGGACCGCACCCCGUCUUCCAGCUGGUGGGCCUGGACCCAGCAGACUCACCCCCCGGGAGCUGCCUUCUCCCACGGCUGCCGGGCGGCCCAGGUCCUGGAGCCCGAGUUACCUGGUGCCUGCUGCUGGCCAGGGCGCCCAGCCGCCCGCUCGCCCCUCCACCUCGUGCUCUCCGUCGCCUGAUCCUGGCAGCUCCCCGAGGAAGCCUGGUACCCCUAGAUUCAGGGAUGCUUGCUUUCCACUUUUAAAGUGACUCUUGGGUACGGGAAUCCUCUCAUCUCUGCUGUAAAGUGGUUUUGUUUGCGGGUAAGAAAACAAUAGCCAAACUACUCACUGACCCUCUGAGGGAGGGAACCUCAGCCCCAUAAAGUAUAAUAUAUGCUGGUCCAGGCGCAUUAAACAAGCUCGAUUAGCUCAUCCUGGUGGUGGCUCAAGGGAAAGCAGGUCAGAGGACUUCGUGCCGUUCCCUGCGAGCUUCCUAAAGCAGGUUUCAGGGAAGGAUGGGUCCCUUCCGGAAUCUCACUUUCGAGAACCUGCUGAGCAGUCAGGUCCCUGCGGUGAGUUAGGGGUGUGGUGGGCCUUUCCGUGAGGUCUUCGUAGCCUGAGGCAGGCCUGGGCCCCCAGCCUUCUGCUGCUGGCUGGGGCGGGGCGGAACCUGGGCCUCCAGGAGCCGGCAGCCACCCUAGUGAGCUAGCAGCAGGCUGCACUGCGGAUCCCGCCGAGGCCUUGCAAGGCUCAGCAGAGCCCGAGGUCGCUGCCUCUCCCCAGCCCAGGAGCAGUCCGUGCCCACGGACACCACCAGCCACACUGCUCCCAGCAGGUGCUGCCUCCUCAGACCCCCCGACCGCUCUGGACCGAGGAGAAGCCGAGUGUCUGUAUUUAGGUGAAGGAGCAGCGUGCUCCCUGGUGUGGGCAGCUCACUGUGUGCACAGCAGCUUCUGACUGGGCGCACGGCCUGUGUGCCUCUGAGGAGAAUAGUACCUAUUUUUUUAAA